GAAUAAAUAGUCACACAACCGAGGAAGAUUCUCUCUCAUCAGCACCACGUCUCAGCAUCCAUUCCCAGCUAAACGGAUUCUCCGGAAUAUUUGUUUUUACCUUGUCGACGACACACACACAGCCCAAACAGCGAUGGAUACCUCCGGGAAAGAGAAGGAGGCGAUGCAGCUGAUGGCUGAAGCCGACAAGAAGGUCAAAUCCUCCGGCUCAUUCCUGGGGGGGAUGUUCGGGGGGAGUCACCACAAAGUAGAAGAUGCAUGUGAGAUGUACGCCAGAGCAGCCAACAUGUUCAAGAUGGCCAAGAACUGGACUGCUGCUGGUAAUGCGUUCUGCCAGGGGGCCCGGCUCCACAUGCAGCUGCAGAACAAACUGGACUCAGCCACUAGCUUCGUCGACGCAGGGAACGCUUACAAGAAGGCUGAUCCUCAGGAGGCUAUCAACUGUCUAAAUGCAGCCAUUGAUAUUUACACUGACAUGGGUAGGUUUACUAUUGCAGCCAAACAUCACAUCACCAUCGCAGAGGUGUAUGAGUCUGAGCUGGUGGACAUAGAGAAGGCGAUCGCCCACUAUGAGCAGGCAGCCGAUUAUUAUAAAGGGGAGGAGUCCAACAGUUCUGCUAACAAGUGUCUGCUGAAGGUGGGCCACUACAGUGCUCAGCUGGAGCAGUAUCCGAAAGCCAUUGAGAUCUACGAGCAGGUGGCCACCAAUACCAUGGACAACCCCCUGCUGAAGUAUAAUGCCAAAGAGUACUUCUUUAAAGCCUCCCUCUGUCACUUCAUAGUGGAUGAACUCAACGCAAAGCUGGCCAUAGAGAAGUAUGAGGAGAUGUUUCCUGCUUUCGCAGACUCCAGAGAGUGCAAGCUGCUGAAGAAGUUGCUGGAUGCCCAUGAGGAGCAGAACUGUGAGGCGUUUACUGAAGCUGUUAAAGAGUUUGACUCCAUCUCUCGUCUGGACCAAUGGCUCACCACCAUGCUGCUCCGUAUCAAGAAGACCAUCCAGGGAGAUGCUGGAGAUCUCAAAUAAAGAGAGAUAGGGGGGUGGGUUGGGGGAGGAUACAAGAGGGAGGGAUAGAGAAAAAGAUGGCUAGGUAGAGAGAUGAUGGAGAGAGAGGAUGGACAGUGAGAGAAGGAGAGAUGAGGGAGAAAGGGAUGGAGGGAGAGAUAUAGGGUUAGGGCAGUGGUGUGAAGGGAGACAGUUCUCUAUGCGUUUGAUGUGUUCAGUGUAAAUAAGUCCAUGGCUCCUGUAGUCUAUCGUGUCUUACCAUACCUUUCCUCACACUCCUGUCAAAAACGUUAGCUGUUUCAACUUAAAAUAGGAGUUACCCAGCUGAUGUAAAGUUACAUCAACUUAUCAAGUUGAGUUGACAAAACCAGGGAACAAAUGAUUAGAUACAUUAUAGUAUACAAGUUCAUACAACUUUAUUUUUUAGGUCAGUGGGGUACACUUACACUCAUGUUUUUAAGUUGAAAGCCUUUUACAGUGCAUGUCACACUUAACCUUCCUAACCUCUCCACUGAAUGUCUUCCCUUGUUUGGGCCCUGUAUGUUCAUGUUUUAAAGUGUAGGGCUGUACAGAUAGUGUAUGAAAAGGUGGAGUGUGUGUGUGUGUGGCACGCACACAAUGUAUCACAUUGAAGCCAAUAUAUCUGUGCCAGUGCUGGUUGCUGUUGUUGUUGUUGUUGUUGUGUAUAUGUGUGUGUGUGUGUGUGUGUGUGUGAGAGAGAGAAACAACCAAAGGGACACCCCGUUCUAUUCAUUCUAUUUCUAUGGUCCCCUUAGAUAUAUUUUCCACCCCUAGACACUUCCCCUAACCCGCUAGACACUUAUGAUCUGAAAGGAUUGGAUAGGUAUAAGCACACACAUAUCCAAUCCUCUCAGAUCUACACAUGUGUUAAGGGUCAGAGGUUACAGGGUUAAGGCCAGAGAUGGGAAGUAUCUGUAAUGUAGUGUGUGUUGCUGUGGUGUGUGUAUUCCUCUCAGCAUGUUGCCAUGGUAAUGAUGUGUGUUCAGUGUUGUGUGCAGUCAAACUACAUGUUAUCACACAUAUCUCUAUGUUCAUGAAUUACCACACGUUUGUGCAAAAUAUUUACUAAAAAUAAAACUUCCAACAAACUUG